UUACAAUAGCAUUAAUAGUGUUAUCCUGAACUUAACAUAGUUAAUAACGUCUAUUAUUUUAACUCAUUGACUUAGUAGUUUCGGUUUAGUCACAUAAUAGACUUCGUAUUUAAACUAAUUAGUCUUAUUAAUCUUUAACUACUCCAUUCUAUAGUGUUAAUGUGGGUUGGCUUUGACACAUAUAAUAUUGUAUGGCUUUGACAUCAGCAUUGUUCAAAGAUAAUAGCCGUCGAUAUAAAAAUAAAUUGAUAAGAAACGAUAAGUGAGCCGACAGAAAUGAUAACAAUUGUUUGGUUCGCGUCUAAUUCCGUACAAUAACAGUUAACAAUCAAAAAUCAAAAUUAUUUGGCACUAAACUGCUAACAAGAAAAAUAGGAAAUAAAACGAAUGUGUAGGAUAGUUUAAGUUAUUAUAAUGGCUACAGGAUCGAUGUCUGUAGAAUUUCAGAACCUCUCUUUGUCUGAAUGUUUUGACCAAGGAUUGGCGUCUUAUGAGAGUAUUUGCGAAUCCACCGAACCCGCUAAAGAAUCCGGAACACAGUAUAAAAUAAUUAAAUGUAUGAAAAUAUUGGAACAUACAACACAACUUGUGUCAGCUGCUGGAAUGUUCAGCGACAAUGAAAAUAUCGAAGAAAUACCAACUACAGACAUCAAAUACAUGUUAUUACCAUUCAUGUUAGGGUCAUUAGCCUUGAAACUAACAAACAAUGGUAACAGACUGGAUGUUGUUAAAACAGCCGAAGUGUAUUUCAGGGACUAUCUUCAGAGAUGUAAAGAUUAUGGAAUAUCUGACAUUGUAUUACCAUCAGCAUAUACAGAUUCAGAAGAAACUACUACUCAGGCUACAAUGGACUUUUCUCUCAUGGCUCGUAGACGUGCAGAAAAAAUAAAAAAUUAUAAAGAACAAAAAUUAAUGGAAUCACAGUUGCAGCUAUUAAAAGAACAAAAUGAUUCGGAGUCUGUAGACGAUGAAAUGAAAAGAAAAUACAUUGUUUCUUUGUUAAAAUACAAUGUUGGUAAAGCUUUGGAAGAAAUAGAUUCACUCCAAGCUGAAAUGAGAAUUCUGCAUUAUAAAUUGAAGCAUGAGAAUAAAGAUAACCCUGAACAAACUAAAGCACAAAAAAUUAAACCAAAACCACUAAUGCCUAUUAUAAUUACAAAAAAUGAAAUGCAAAAACAAAUAUUUGGUGCUGGUUACCCAAGCUUACCUACAAUGACGGUCGAAGAAUUCUGUCAAAAACGAAUCAACGAUGGGAUAUGGCAUUUACCGACUGCCGAAAAUACCAAGUGUUUACAAGAAUUGACAGAAGGGCCAGAAAAAGAAGAAGAUAAAGAAGACAAAUUAAAUGAGGAAGAGGAAGAAAAUGAAAGACAAAGGCUAAAUGCUCGCGAUGAGUACAAAGAUGAUCAUCGCCGAGGAUGGGGAAAUAGGCAUAAUAGAAGUUGAACAUGCUGCUAUAGUUGUCAAUGGUAUACACUAAAUAUGAUUGAAAACUAACAUUUAGUGUCUAUUUUUUAAGAAAUAUGUGUACAAUAUACCAACAAUAUUCCUUAACUAAUUUUAUGUAAAUAUCUAUAUUAAUAAAACUGAAGUAAAAUAAUAAUAA